AUGCUCGUGGCGCUGCUGCUCGGCCUCAACAUGUACCGGAGUGCCAUUACCGCUGCCCUCACGCUCAUCUUCCUUGACAUCAAGGACGCUCGCCUCUGCCUCGAGAAGGUAAUUAUCUAUCUAUCCGUCUGCCCGCUGACCCAGUAUAAGAACUUCAAGGAAGGGCACAAGAGGAUCCUUGUGGCUACGCAUUUGGUUGGCAGAGGGAUUGAUAUUGAGCGUGUAAAUAUUGUCAUAAACUAUGACAUGCUUGAUUCUGCUGAUACAUACUUGCACAGGGUUGGAAGGGCUGAGCGUUUUGGAACCAAAGGGCUUGCAAUAACAUUUGUUGCUUCUGCCUCUGACUCUGACGUCCUCAAUCGGGCGCAAGAAAGGUUUGAGGUUGACAUUAAGGAGCUGCCUGAGCAGAUCGACACUUCAACAUACAGUAAGUAGUCUUGUUGUCUAGAUCAAGUGGUGCAUUGGUGUGUCUUGAUACCUAGAUAGUGUUGU